AUGGCCUCCGCCGCCGAGAAGCGCCUCGCCGGCAAGACAGUCCUCGUCACCGGCGCCUCGUCCGGCAUCGGCCGCUCCACCGCCCUAGAGUUUGCCCGCACCAGCCCCCGCGACCUGCGCCUCAUCCUGGCCGCCCGUCGCGUCGACUCUCUCCGCCAGCUCGCUUCGCAGAUUGCCGACGAGGUGGGCCACGGCGUCAAGGUUCUUCCCGUUCAGCUUGACGUGAGCAAGCCGGAUGAGGUUCGCGGCUUUGUCGGCAACCUCCCCGAGGAUUGGAGGGAUAUUCAUGUUCUCGUCAACAAUGCCGGCCUCGUCAAGGGGGUAGCCCGGGCCCCCGACAUCGACGAGCAGGACACCGACAUCGUCUUCUCGACCAACGUCACCGGCCUCAUCAACAUGACCCAGGCCAUCCUGCCCAUCUUCCAGAAGCGCCCAGACGGCGGCCGUGGUGACAUCAUCAACGUCGGCUCCAUUGCCGGCCGAGAAGCGUAUCCCGGCGGCUCCAUCUACUGUGCAAGCAAGGCCGCUGUGCGCAGCUUCACCGAGAGCUUGCGCAAGGAGCUCGUUGCCACUAGGAUCAGGGUCAUCGAGGUCGACCCGGGCCAAGUCGAGACGGACUUCUCUCUUGUCAGAUUCUAUGGCGACAAGGCCAAGGCCGAUGCCGUGUACGCGGGCUGCGAGCCCCUGACCCCGGACGACGUUGCCGAGGUCGUCGUCUUCGCCGCUACCCGUCGCGAGAAUGUGGUUGUUGCCGAUACUCUCAUCUAUCCCAGCCACCAGGCAUCGGCGCUCAUCAUGCACCGCAAAAACACAUAG